AUGCCCGUGGCAACCCUCCACCUCCUCUCCCUCACCAAAUCCACCCACCCCCAGUCCUUCCUCCACACCCUCAAACAAUCACCCAAUAUCAAAAUCAUCGUCGCCUCACGUCCACGCCAUAUCGUAAUCCACCCAACAACACUCGACCAAAACCCCCUCGCAACAACCCCCUGGGAUCUCCUCAUCCUCCUAACAACCACCCAACCUACAAAGAACAACACAGAUCCAUUCCCACCAACCCUCCGCCAAAAAAUAACAUCCGAAUACAAACUAACAACCGGCAUCCCCUCAAAACUCCUCUCAACAUACCCAACCCGCAACUCAACCCUCAACCGCACAGCCCCCUCAAUCCCCCUAACAGGCUCCCUAGACAAACUCCUGCACGAAGAAACAAAAGAAUCCUCGCAGACCCUAGAAGUUUCCCCGGAACUCCUGCGGUUCAUGACCGAGCUUAGCAAAAGCCAUACCGGCCCCGUUACGAUGUUGAACCUAUUGCAUUUCCACCAUCCGGAUGGGAAGAAGAGCUAUUACCAGUAUGGGCAGGCUUUUAUCCCUGUUGCGGGGAAAAGGGGUGGUGAUGCGAAGUUGGUGGGUAAUGUUGUGGCGCCUGGCGAGGGACUUGAGGAUUCGAGGGGUGAUAGGGAUAGACCGGCGCAGGAGUGGUGGAAUGAGAUUUCUAUCGUGCAUUACCCUUCUAUUCGGCAUUUUUGUGAUAUGUUGGCUGGGGAGGAUUAUCAGGAGAUUAAUGAGAAGUAUCGGUUGUCGGCACUUCGUGAUACGUUCUUGUUGUGCACGACUGAAUUUGAUGUUGAAGGUUUGGGACCUUCGAAGCUGUGA